GAAGAAAUGGUGAGGGCGGAAAUCGCAGGUCUGCGGCGGCGUGACACUCAGCAGAAGGUAAAAUGAGUGUACCUAACUGUCGAUAUCAAGCGUGCAACGCAGACUUUCUUCCUCGACAAAAGCCGGGCUCUAUCGGGAUCACCACCCAGUAUGGAGCACACGGACACGCAACAGGCGGUGCCAGGUUCAGCCCUGCCUGGGCCCGAUGGCGGAACCUCCCAGGAAGCAGUGCGGCGACCACCACCACGUCAAUCGCCACUCAGGCGCGCGACCACAAAUAUCAAUCGCCAUCUGCACAAAACCAGCACGCGGACUCCGCCAGAAUGGCAUGAGAGGUGCCUCGCUGUGAUAGGAGGAUUCGAGCACGAUGACCAACAAGCACGAUCAAACAGAAUCCAUAACCUACAACCCUAUUUUGACGGCUACUACCAAGAGAUCAAGACAAAGAAAGAGGUCCCGAGGCAUGAGACCGCGCCCGCCCGAGCGGCUGCCACGGAAUCUGCUCCUGGACAAGAGGCGGCUGGACAGACCGGGCGCGAGGGGGCCGCCGCCGGACAAGCUGCGCCCGAGAAAGGAGUAUACGCGCCCGAAGGUGACGAGCCAGCCGAGGCUAGUGCAGUCAAUGUAGCCGAGGACGACGAACAGAGAGACUACUCCGAAAUUUCUCUGCUGCUACGAUACGUCAGGCUCCUGAAACUUAACCUUGACACCACGCGGAAGUCCCUCAGGCAAGGAAUCGUGGAUAGCCAGCUCCCUCCGCAAAAUGUCGACGAGUCCCCGGAAACCGAAAAAGCAACUAAAGACAGAAUGACUGGAAAGGCGGUAGGCGAGCUGCCGGGAGAGCCUGGGAGUAGCGGCAAGUCGGGCGAAGGGAGCAGCAGUGGUGACGGUGGGGGCGAUGAGAACAAGGGGUCCGGUAGCAACAGUCAAGCUCAUGCUGACGGUAAGACUGCUGCGGCUCCGCAAAAAAUCAUCCUGCCGGAAGGGAUGGAGCCCAAACACUUCUUCCCGCCAACGGCAGAAAAGGCACGGUAUGCGAUCCUGUUCAAUAAAAGCCUGGCUGCAGCGUGCAAAGUCGCAUUCGGCAUCCAGGUCCAAGACUCACCGCGUGUGAACCGCGGGGAGACCUUACCCCAGCAGACGCCGUGUGUGUGGAAGGAGGACCUGACCCUCGACGGGUUCCUCAAGCGGGAGUUUCCUACGGCAGACCAGAGUGACAUGCUGUCGGGGAGGUUCAAGGAGCGGCUGCUCUCACUCAGGACCUUGGUCCGCCACGCCGACGUUACGGUCGCCUGGACCUCGCACCUCCCGGACCACCUGGUGCUGAAAUAUGAGGACGACCGCAAGGUGCUCAAACUGUUCGGCCUCCCCUGCUUCCUCGAGUCGACCUAUGACGCCGGCAAGUCCGUUACAAACAGGAAUACGAAAGCCGAUAGCGCAAAGAAUGUUUUCUCCUGCCACAUGAAAGCCGAAAAUGAAGCGACGUAUUCGACCGAGUUUAUGGCCGAGACCCUACAAACCUACCGGCUCCUCAUCCCCACCGGAAAUAAGACCUGGGCCGAGCACACAUUCCUGUCCUCAUCGCCUAAUCGAAGAGCAUGGCAACGCAUUUUUAGUUCACCCAACCGGCACGAGCGCACGGCCGACGCGCGCCUGAUAGCCGUCUUCGACCUGAGCGACCACGAACCCGCCGACUCCUUGCGCCUCCUCACGACCUACUCGCAGAUGUUCCGCCGCUUUCCGCACUGGGGCCUGCGGCUGCAGGCGCUAAUGGAGGAGGCCGAGGACCCCACACCUAUGUCGUGGGCUGGCCGCUGGGCCGAGCGUCGCAAGGGGCCUCGGCACUCGUUCUGGGUCACCGUCGUGGCUUUUGCCGCCGCCACGCUCGUCGGAGUCAUCGCCACCGCCUUUGCCAUAGCGCAGUUCUGGAUCGGCUGGUGCGGCUGGCAGAAAGAUGGGCCGGUGGGCUGCAAGCCGCAGGGGGAGGUCGUGGCGUCGGAUGCGGCUGCUUGAGCUUGCCGGAAAAGGGCUUGAAAGGUGAACGUGAGAAGGAACCGCGGGCGUCAGAAACCAGGCUUGGUGUAACGAUCUGGGCCAAGACCGGACCCACACCGUUAACUCCUUGCCCCGAUACCUAGGUAACUGAUUGCUCGAAUCAGAAAGCUCAAUCGGGAAGCGCUAUACCCAAAAAAAGACAUGACCGAAAAAGGAAAUGCCGCUAAACCGGCGGGGGAUUUUCCAUGGAACUUCUUUACAUCCACAAACAGCGAAUAUCCUCGUCCCGCGUCAGAUGCACUCGUUGUAAAUCCAUGCAACGAAUGCGAUGCCCAAGAAAAUAGUAUUACUACUGGUUUUCCCGUUCUCAGCCCACGGGCGUCAGCAUCGAACUAGUUAGUCGUUGCGCUGGGAAUUCUACGAAUCAACCAUACGGUCCUGUUGCAGGAUGCUCUAUUUUGGC